AUGUGCAUUCCUUACGAGUAUUUUCUCGACGGUUAUCGCGAUUGUAUGCAUAGCACAGAUGAACAAAAUAUAUUUGACGUUGAACAAUCUGGCCAAUGUCCAUUUUUAUUUAAUGCAUUUAAAUGUGAUAAAACAUUAUUUCGUCGAAUGUAUUUUUCAUGUGGCGACGGGCAAUUUAUGUAUGAAACAGAUCGAAUGGAUCAAGUUAACAGUAAAUCAUGUACUAAUUUUCGUAAUAGAAAGGACGGCUUCGUAUAG